AUGUCCCAAACUGCAACUACUGCCUCCUCCAGAAGGCGGAUGAAUAGGAGCUCCGAGGAAGCAUAUGCCUCACCUGUUCUGCGGUUUCUGUCUGAACCCCCAGUGUCGCUACCAUCACCUCACAUCUCGCAAGAGCGUUUCAGAAGGACUCGUGGUUCAAGCACUGAUGAGGAUGAGACUGAAGAUGGCAUUCUUAGCGAAGAUUUUCGGGUCGGUGGCCCGUUUCUAUGCACUGUUCCUGCCAUAGGUACUCCACUUGCGUCAGAUCAUCCACUCGAGAGACAGUGGCCAGAGCUACGCCCUAAGUUCAUCGAAAUCCUCUCGAAGUAUCGGAUCCAUCAUAGCACCAUGGAUCCAUGCCUUCGAACGUCUGAAACAUAUGAAGAUGAAGGCCCGAUUGAAACGGUCCUCAUCUGUGCACAUAGAACUGAGCGAGGCAAUUCCUGGAAAAACACGUGCAAAGAUGUCCUGUCGAUUCUGUGGUCCUCGGGCUUCGACAACGUUAGUGUGGAGUUGAUCGACGAGAGAGCGAAUAUUGAAAAGAUCACAUCUCCUGUGAUGCCUAAAGAUCCUAUUUAUAGCAAGUGGGAUGACAUCUCUCGCAAAAUUUGUGACCUCCUUGGUUUAGAGGGUUGGUUGUCUCUUGAGUGUUUUCGGAGGGGUACAAGCCAAGAUGCCCAAGAAAGUCAUCCCACUGUUUUGUUGACCGUGCCUCGUGAUACCACCAAAGAAUGGAAGAGCAAACGCGAUGAGAUUUCUAUGCUUCUGGAUAAUGAAGGACUUGGAGAGGUUGCUGUUGAGAUUAUCCGAAGCACGAUCUGGCGAGGAACAGAAGUCGGCUUGACUAGUGUCAUCCUCCCUGACCAUGCAUGGGAGACAAAGGUGAAACUGGGCGCGAGCAUUGGGGUCCAUAAUUCAGAUCACGGUGGCUCUACUUUGGGCGGAUUCGUCGAGUUGCUGGACUCAGAAAAGAACAAAUGGCACGUGUUUGGCCUCACAUGCUAUCAUGCAGUUGAACCAGGAAACGUCCCACCUAAUUCUAAGCUGGGAAAAGAUAUUGAGCGAUGGAGAGAUAUAGGAAUGUCAGUGCUGGAGUCGAGCAAGGCGAAUAUCCGCAUCGAUCAGCCCUCCUUGAAAGACCACAAUGCACGGAUGAAGAUGAUCAAGCAGAAUAUCGAGACAGUCAGGGAGCAAUCUCUGUACAAGCGAGUCAAGAAGGCCAGGAAUGACGGUGACUUCAUUAUCCCAAAGGAAGAACUGAUAUUUGAAAACAUGGAGAAAGCCAUCCUCAACGCUCUUUCUCUAAAACUCCGUGCGGAAAAGCAUUUCAACACCGGAUCCGCAACAUUGGGGAGAGUUUAUGCUGCGUCUGGGUUCCGGCUGACCUCUGGUAAUGACAAACGCCAGCUAGAUUGGGCGUUAAUAUCUGUGUAUCAAAAUCGUGUGGGGCAGAACAAAUUCCCACCAGUCGGUUCAUACAUUGACGAGCAUAUGGGUAUCACGUUCUCCGGUGAGGCUGUGGAUGAUCCCGCUGAUGCCAAGUUUUCGCAAUAUCAACGACUGUACAAGUUCGGUCGAAGAACGAAUUUUACCAUUGGCCGUUUUAGUGGCUUGAAAGUCUUAGAGCUUAAGUGUUGGAAAACUGGAAAUAUAAUUGUCGCCAAUGAGUGCUCCGUUACCAGUCUGCCAGGGUCAGAGGCCUUCUCGAAAAGAGGCGAUUCUGGGUCUUUCAUAGUUGAUUGUGUGGCCAACUUUGUUGGGUUGUUGUUCGCUGGGAACAAGGCCACUGGUGUCACUUAUUAUACGCCUGCAAAUAUCUUAUUUGAGGACAUUAAGCAGACGACUGGAGCCAGAGCUGUGCGUCUGCAACGGAAUCGUUGA